AUGGCGGAACAACAACCACACGAGCGCUUCUUCGAUCGUCGUCUUCCUCCACUUGCUGGCGCCUUCUCCAAUGUACGGGAAUGGCUUGUAACAUAUGACCCCCCGCCGGUGGGAGCGCCGUAUCGGCGCUUAGGAAAGGGAAGACUCGUUGUCGGAGAAGUAGGGCUUCAGACGGGUGACGUGAACGAGCAGCUGACGGCUCAGAGCCACGACGCCUGGUGGGCGGUGGCGCAACGUUUGGGUGUGUCUCAGUUCCCGCUGCCGCUGGACCGGGAGCCCUCGGUGACGCCCGAGCUGCUGGCCGGACACCUGCUGCGGCAUCUCGGCUUGGGGCCGCUGGUCGCACUUCGACUGGGCACCCCGCCCGGAAAUCGCUCGGCGGUCGCCAUAUACGUGGACCCCCCUUCGACGGCUGCCAGCUGGCGCUGGAACGAGACGGCGUCCGGGCUGCAGGCGCUGACUCAACGAUCUCCGGACGGCCAGGUGGUGCGAGCCCUGGUCGAGCUGGACCGCACCGUGGCGCGCACUGCGGCCAAGGCCAGCCCACCCGUGGCAGCCUACGUACCACGCUACCGCACCAUACGCAUCUUCAGCCUGCCCCAGCACGCGAAGUGGCGUUGGCGGGAGAUGUUCUCGGCGCUGCUGGAAGACCUGGCGGCCCCCCAGACGGUCAGCCUGGUGCUCACGGCGCCGGGCUACGUGGAGGAGGCGGCGCCGCUUUUGGCCGACGCCAGGCCCGCCGCGGUGCACAACUACCUCGCCUGGCGACUCGCGCUCGAGCUGGCUCCGCUGCUGCCCGUGCUGCCGGCAUCCGUGCUGCUCGCGGCAGACGGCGUUCAGCAACGCCCCGAGCGACGCUGCCUUCGCGAGCUGCGCGGACUCAUGGAGCACGCGGCCACGGCGCUGCUGGCGCCCCAACCGGGGCCGCAGGGCCGCACGGCUGCGCGCGACGCCCUGGCGGCGGCCACGGACCAGCUGAAGCGCCAGCUGGUCGACUACAUGUGGAUCGCCGAGCCGGUGAGCCAGCGCGCCGUGCAGAAGCUGAACGCGCUGCAGGCGCACCUGCUGUACCCUCCUUUCGUCGAAGACAAGAUGGUGCUCGAGCAGAUCUACCGCCAGGUUCCCGACGCCGGCGGCGACAACCCCGUGCUGCUCGACUGGUUCCGCGCUCGCUCCGCGGUCAUGCUCAAACGCUGGAAGGCGCUCGCCGGCAAAGGGCUGCCUCCGCUGUGGGACGUACCAUACAUGGAGCCUGCCGUGCACUACCUGGCCGACUCCAACGAGCUGGGUGCCUUCCACGACGAGUCCGGUGCGCUGAGUUUCUGGUGGGAACGUGGCAGCUUCGUGCGGCUGCAUCACGCGGAGCACUGCCUGGCACGCCAUCAUGCAGCCGACCCAGCCGAGGCAGUGCUCGACCAGGUGGCACUGCAGGCGGCUUACGCGCUGUACAAGCAGCGGCAGCAGGGCAGCCCAGGUCUCCGACUAGCUGCACUGCCACACGCGUCAGCCGACCAACUCUUCUCACUUGCCUUCGCCACGGGCAUGUGUGCUGAGGGAGACGAAAGACCGCGGGCCAGGGACAGGGUGAACCUGGCGCUUCGCGAGUGGGCGCCAUUCCGCCAGGCCUUCAGCUGCCCCGAAGAGCGGCACCCGUGCAGCCUGCGCUAG